CGCACCAGAAGCGGGGGUCCAAUGUGCCGUUUGAGUCCUCCCCACGGGAUCGGAGACUAGAGGGAAUGAGGGCCUGGGGUCUGGAAGCUGGGGUCCCUGUGUAAAGAGGGGAGGCCCGGCUGGCUCAGUCAGUGGAGCGUGCGACUCUUGAUCUCGGGGCUGUGUGUUCCGGCCCCAGGGUGGGCGUCGAGAUGACUUAAAAAUAAAAUCUUAAGAUCUCCGUAAAGAAGCACCUUGGGUGGCGUCCAUGUCCUCGUGAGAGCAGAAGGGGAUGUUUUUAUUCCGUUUCCCUCAGAACCAACGGAUUCUAAGACCCUGAAGUUCUUGACUUCAGAAACUUCUCUCCAACAGGCAAUGGGAAGGACUGGUUCAAGCCACCGGUCCGGUUUAGAGGUGAGCAUGAGUUUGCUGAAGAUGAGACAGAGGGAAACUUCAAGGGCUCAUUCCGACAGCAGAACGUGCGGGGUCACCAUCAGCCCCGCCCCGCCCGGGGCACAGACUGGCCGACGGCGACCGUGGGGCUCACGUGUGGGAAUCCUGCCAGACUUCCCAGAGGAGGUGCUGACGCUGCUGCAGGGAGCCUGGGUGACUGGGGAAACCGAGGCAGGCCCUCUCCCUGAGAGACACAGAACUCCUUUGUGGCCGGCUCCGCCGCCCCUCCUGGCCUCUCGGGCAGACCUGUAGCCAGCCUGGCCACUCCUACCCCACCCGCCUUCGCACCGCACUCGCCCGGUUACAUCCCAGCCCCCCCCGAGCCCCACUUAGUGGGCCUCUCAGAGGACUGGGACCAGCACAAGUUCUGAGGACACAGCAGCUGACCAGAGAAGGGAAGGGGUGUGCACACACGAGGCUCCCCAAGGACUGGGGUGUCCUGACAGAUGGGGAGGAACCAGCUGCUGGAGAAGCACCCGCCCCCCAGAAGCAGAGGCGUGGACGGGGCCCCAGUCUGAGGCUAGGAUCAGAUUCGCAGCUUUCGGUGUUCCAGUGUGGUCUCCAAAUGCGUCUCCCUGGGACCAGCACACCUGCCUAUCACCGUGACCAGGCUCAGGGGACAGCCCGUGUCCUCACUCAGACCCCGGGAGGUCACUCCUCUCGUCAUCUGCAUGUUCCGGAGGGGGAUGGACGCAGCAUCACCCAGCCGCCCCCGGCUCGGCAGAGCUGGGACUUGAACCCGGGUGCCGGCCCCUCACUGCCGCUCGCUGGUGGCCUGACUGCGCGACGAAGCCGCACACCCACCCCUCGAGGCCGCCCUGAAGAAGAGGCCCCGGAGACACAGGGCUCGGAGACCCAGGGUGGUGCCUGCCCGGGGCCCUUGGCAGCCUGACGGGGGGUGGUGGGCCUGGCGUGGAACAGGGAGCGGGGCCCCCAGCACCUUCUCCGCGUGGCACCCUUAACGGCUGCCGGGAGCCAUCUGCUGGCUCGUGGAAAUCGGUUGGACGCUAUGUGCUCCUGUCACACGCCCGUGCCUGGGUGCUGCCCUGCCCUAUAAACCCAGGCACGGACGGGGUGGGGAGGCGCCCGGGCUUGUGCUUCGGCGCUGCCACUACAGUUCAGGAGGAGCGAUCCGGGAGGCCGCAUUCCCUGCAGGCGGCGCUCCGCGCCGUGGGGAUGGUCAUUCCUGUGCACGGACAGGCUGCAUAUGGUGUGUGCCCAGCAAACUGUCGUCACGCCUUCCAGCGAUCUGCAGGCCGAUGGAAGUAAUGGACACGGCGCUCGUCAGCAGCCCCUGCAGCCCAGCCUGCUAGAGGGGCUCCUCCGUCAAGGUCACACCCUCCCACCACCGUGCGAUCUGCCCAGCACGGAGGCCCCCCCAGACCCGCUCCCUUGCACGCCCUCCCUUUUCCUCAGUGCACGUGGGGACGUGGCUCAGAGCCGAGAGCGAGCGAGAGAAGCCAGGAAGGGCGGCCGCUCUCAGCGAUCACUCCCAGCAGCUUCUCCUGGCAGCCCCCGAUCCUCCCAAACCCGCUAUGACAAGGAACCGGUGGGCUAAGACACCUGCACGCAGGAGCGCUGAGCACCGGCGUCUUAGCGCCUUGGCGUGACACUGGCGGUCAGGAGAGGGGCACGCGGGUGAGUGGAAGGACGCCCGACGGAUGCGUGAAAUCAGAGGGCCCUGAGUGAGCUGUGACCGACUACAGGGAGGCGCUCUGCCCCCGCAGCUUCAUAGUCUGCACCCCUGCCUGAAGCAGACAGACGGCAUCGCAGGGGGGUGGGGGUGAAGGCGGGCUCAGUGGGAAGUGAGGACCCUCUGAUUCCGAUAUUGUGAGGAGAUGGUGGGGACUAUCUCUCCUGCAGGAGCAGGUGGCUGGCCGACUUCUCAGCGGCUCCGCAUCUCUGGAGGAGGCCCCUCGGAGCACCCGCGUGGGCUACUUGGAGCCAGGAGCCCAUCCCUCGGUGACGGCAGGCGUUCCCCCAUCUACUCCUCACUGCACCCUAGGAGGGGGGCAUUGGACCCCCGACCACACGGACUGGAGAGAUGCGGCCACCCAAGGCCACACCCAGAUGUCAGAGACUCUGCGGCCGGCUUGUACCCCCUGCCGGACAGUGGACAAUGGGAGGGACGGCGGGUCCCAGCGUAUGGGCAGGGCACAGCAGAGGGUGUGGUCUGGGCUGCACCCCGGCUGGCAGGGCCGGCCUGGCAGGGUGGGCGGUGGCAAGGAGGAAUGUUCUGGGUCCAGGAAAGGGCCAGCGCUUCCCAGGAGCAACAGUAUCUUGGACCGACCCAGGCUGCUGUGAGGAGCAACAGAGCUCUGGAGGCCCCACGGCGGGGCUGGACCCCCAGCCACCACCCCCCAGUCCUGCAGCCCUGCAACAGAGUUGCCGGAAGGGCCCGACCAGACAGCUGAGGGAGCCACCAGGGAGAUGACUAAUGCCUCAGGGCUCCUGGGAACAGCCUGCGGCCCCCUGGUGUCAGCAACCUGGCCACAGCCCGGCCCCCCGCCCGCCAUGCCCACCGUGCCCUCCGUGCCCGCCGGCCCACCGACAGACCCCAUGGGGAACAGCUCCCAGGGCACCUCCCGGCUCUUCCUCACCACCGCGUUGGCCCGCGGCGUCUCGGGGGUCUUCGUGUGGACUGCCCUGGUGCUCACCUGCCACCAGAUCUACCUGCACCUGCGCUCCUACACGGUCCCCAACGAGCAGCGCUACAUCAUCCGUCUGCUCUUCAUUGUGCCCAUCUACGCCUUCGACUCCUGGCUCAGCCUCCUCCUCCUGGGGGGCCACCAGCACUACGUCUACUUUGACUCGGUGCGUGACUGCUAUGAAGCCUUUGUCAUCUACAGCUUCCUGAGCCUGUGUUUCCAGUACUUGGGGGGCGAGAGUGCCAUCAUGGCUGAGAUUCGGGGAAAGCCCAUCCGGUCCAGCUGCCUCUAUGGCACCUGCUGCCUGCAGGGCAUGACCUAUUCCAUCGGCUUCCUGCGCUUCUGCAAGCAGGCCACACUGCAGUUCUGCAUCGUGAAGCCCAUCAUGGCCUUGGUCACCAUCGUCCUGCAGGCGUUCGGCAAAUACCACGACGGGGACUUCAACAUCCACAGCAGCUAUCUCUACAUCACCCUCAUCUACAACGUCUCCGUCAGCCUGGCCCUCUACGCCCUGUUCCUUUUCUACUUCGCCACCAGGGAGCUCCUGCAGCCCUUCGAGCCUGUCCUCAAGUUCUUCACCAUCAAGGCCGUCAUCUUCCUCUCUUUCUGGCAGGGGAUGCUGCUGGCCAUCCUGGAGAAGUGUGGGGUCAUCCCUGAGGUCCAGGUCAUCGAUGGGAGCAAGGUGGGGGCUGGCACGGUGGCCGCUGGCUACCAGAACUUCAUCAUCUGCAUCGAGAUGCUGUUUGCCUCCAUUGCCCUGCGCUAUGCUUUCACCUGCCAGGUGUAUGCAGAGAAGAAGGAGAACUCACCAGAGAAAGUGCCAGGCCGGUGCCCAGGGAGACACAUGCCCUGCCCUCCAGAAGCUGCGAGGAGCCCGCCAGAGAGGCUGGAAGCAGCCCAGCAGAGUGGGGAGGCCUCCUGGAGGGCCUGAGGGCAGGGCCUGUGUGCCCAAGAGCCCAAGCGUGUGGGGAGCCUGGGCCGGGUGGCCAGGCAAGAACAGCGGGCAGGAAAGCCUGGUGGGCACCACCCAGUGAUGACCUCCCUCCCUCCUGGCCACCCAUGCCCCCAUGCCGAGGGUCCGGAGAGACUCGGCAGGACAGGAACUGACCAGCAGUGUCCUGGCCAGAGCGGGGUCACCCCAUGGAGACCCAGGACUCAAGGCCGCAGCUUCUUGGAGGGCUGGCUGGCUGCCCAGUGAGAUAAGGCAUGCCACCUCCCUGCGACCCACAUGGAGAGUCCCCCGCCUGCCUUAUCACACCCUCUGCAGCCGGUGGACCACGGUGGGCCCAGCUCUGGCCCCACAGGUCUCAGUCAGCAGGUUUGGGAGUGACCAUGGUGGGAAGUUGUCUGGAGGAUGCAGGAGGGCCAAGUGCCAGCCCCCAUGUGAGCGACAGGGCGGUGCUAGCCUGCAGGCCCCUGCCCAGGGAGGGCCUUGUCAGCUGGUGUGCUGUGUCCAGUGUGUAUGAGGCUGGGGCCAGGACCCUGGUGCACACGGAAUCCUCACGACAGCCUCGGGAAUGGGGCCCAAGGCCCAGAGAGGGUGAGCCACUUGCCCGAGGUCACAGAGCCAGCAAGACAUGGACCGGCCCACAAAAGCCAACGCUCGCGCUCGUCCGGCCCCCACAGACACCUCUGCCGUGGACAAGGCCCGGCUUCUGCUUCUGACGCCACAGAGUAACACCGCACCCCUGCCACCCACAGGGAGGUCACAGCUGCCCGCCCUGCCUUGCCGGCCUCGCCCUCCUGGGGGGAGCAUGGGUGCUCGGGGGGGGGGGGGAGGGAGGCACAUAUUGCCAUCUGUGAUGACAUCGUGGGCUCCCAGUUGCGGGCCCCACCGCAUGGGGCCAGGAGCGGCCAGCUUCUCUAACCUGUCCUGGCCUCAGCGCUCUCGUCUGGGAAAUGGCCCCAGCAAUCCAAAGCAGGCAGCGCCAAGAGAGCUGGAGGGCCAGGCCGGGGCACAGGGGUAACCCUCAAUGACUUCCCGGCUCACACCCGCAGGCUUGCUGCCAGGUCGUUGCCGGGCCGCCACGCGGGGCUCUCGCAGGGGGAGUGGGCCUGGCUUCGGGGAGGUCUGGCUUAGCUGGGGGCCCCAGCGACCCCACAGUGCUGGCACACUCUGCUCUCUGCCGAUUUCACAGAAGGGAGCUGGUGGAUUGGAAGGGGAGGGAACAGGCCCCCCCAGAGGCGAGCCCCGAGUGGCUGGUGGGGACACCCCCCCCCUCAGUGACAGCGAGGGCAGGAGCCGUCCCGUCAGCUCAGGCAGAGGUGAGGCAGGUCUUGGAAACCCCGAGAUCUCGCCUGCAAGCCGGCCGUCCUUCAGAGGCUGAGGCCAAGUGCUGACACGCCUGCCCCUCGGAGGGAUGGGGGUGGGGAAGGCCCGUGAGGAGCGCACAGGCCCUCAGCUCUGGCUUCCGGGAGAGCCCGCUUCCUUUAGACACCUUGCUCUCCACCCCCGGCCGAGCGGCCCUCUCCCCACCUGCUGCAGGGCCUGGCCCGAGACCAGGGCACACACCACCCAGGGGGUCGGGGGGAGCCGUCUGAGCUGGAGAGGAACAGCCUGUGCCUGAAGGCUGGAGGCUCCCGGUCAGUGCGGACGGGACACGGGGCGUUGGGCCCCCACCACUCAGAAAGCCAACCCGGUCGCCUCCACCCGCCGGCCCCCUCCCCAGCCCGUGGCUGUCCCGACGGGCCUCCCAACCUAGGAGACCCACUGCAGGCGAGGACGGCCGUGUUGGAGGGCUGGGACGUGGGGGCAGCGGCCGUCCAACGGUGCCCUGCACUCGGGGACUUGACCCCCAGCCCAAUCACAAAACCAGGCGGAUCUGAAACC